AUGACAGGACGUCAUGACCGAUCAGUGUAUCAGUGUAAAACAUGUUCCGGUCCGGAUUCAGAAGUCGCUCAUAUGUUCUCAUGUGACCAGUGUCGCCAAUGGGAACACUUUCGAUGCGCAGGGGUUGAUGAAGCCAUUAAACGCCGUCCAUUCAUCUGCAAAGAGUGCAGACAGGAAGCUGACUGCAAUCAACGUGUACUGAGGGCCCAAACAAAGGGAAUCCAGGGCAUCAAAGACGUUGAAGCGAGAUCAGAAAAAUCCAAUAAAGGCAGCAAGGUGCCGUCUAUUCGUAGUGCCGGUUCCCAGUCGUCAGUCACAAAAGCGCAACUAGAACAACUGGAACUCGAAGAAGCACAGCGGAAGCUGGAGGAGAAGAGAAAGCUACUAGAGGAGGAAUCACUACUACGUCAACGCACAUUAGAAGCAAAUCGUCUGCGUCUUGCAAAGCAGCAAACGAUCCGACGUGAAUCGCUAGAGAAGAGGAACGAAAUUCUUCUACAGCUAUCCGAACGAGGGAGUGUUGUGGAGGCCACAACGAAUUCCGUUGAGAAAGUGUCAAAAUGGUUGACAGCUCAUCCAUCCAGAGGGAUGACCGACAGGAAAUCAACAGGUGUACAAGGUGACGCUGUUACAACAAUGGUUCCUCCGGCCCCGAUCGAAGUACAGGAUGCUUCGACUGUUAUGAUUGCGAAGCUGUCGCCACAACAAUCUCAAUGCCUGCCUGCUGAAAAAGGCCGUAUCACGAGUAUGUACCCGGUCAGGAAUCCGGUCAUCACUGAACCAUUCGGUUCAUUGUCGUUGAACAGAUUACGCCAAGGCGGAUCACAUGACCCUAUCGCAGCCAAGUGUCUUCUUGGUUGGAGUAUAUACGGCAAUGUGUCAGCCAACCCAACGCCGACCGUUACUGUUAACUUUCACAUAACUAAGUCUGAAGAGUUACUAAACGAGCAGCUACGAGAUUACUUCACAUUGGAAAGCUGUGGAAUCGCGACUCCUGCUGAUAAACUCGAAUCCGAAGAUGAUAAAAGAGCAAGGCGGAUUCUCGAAGCAACGACACGGCGGAUCGAAACCGGAUUUCAAACAGGUCUCCUCUGGAAAUUGGACAAUCUAGAGUUUCCGGACACCUAUCCCAUGGCACUACGUUGUAUGAAAUCACUAGAGAAAAAUCUGCAGAAUGAUUCAACAAUGAUGCAGCGAAUACAACAGCAGUUAAACGAUUUCGAACAGAAAAACUACAUACACAAGGUUAGCGAGACAGACCCACACGAAGCAGUGCAGACCUAUGCAAUCGACGUCACUAUGUUUGGGUCAACGUGCUCACCAUCCUCGGCUCAAUACGUCAAAAACGUAACCGCCGAACAGUUUUCCCGAUACUAUCCUCGAGCUGCAGUCGCCAUCAAGGAGCACCAUUAUGUCGACGACUAUCUCGACAGUUUUAGAACAGUUGACGAGGCGACUGGUACCAUCGCCGAUUCCGCCACGCCAACCGUGAAACCAUCACCAAUGAAAUGCGCCAGCGGACACGGAACGGACUACCUGAAUUUGGCCCUCCGAGACGGUGGUGUUUCGCUGACGAUGGGCCUCUCGAACGGCAAACAAGAGAUGCAUAUCAAACCGGCUCGGGUUCGCUUCGAUGAUCACCAGUGGCACAAGGUCACUGUCCACCGACGGAUUCAAGAGAUCUCAUCAAUAACUAGCUUCUGCCGGCUGGUUGCCGUCGUGGACGAUGUCUACACCGACCAUUCGCACAUUGCCGGGAAGUUCACAAUGCUUUCGUCAUCCCGAGUCUACGUCGGUGGAGCCGUCAACCCUCGAGCCCUACUCGGCGCCCGAGUGCACAACAAUUUCGUCGGAUGUCUACGGAAGGUGGAAUUUUCGGCCGAUACUCUUCGGCUGAAUCUCAUCGAUUUGGCCCGAACGGGCUCCAAGCUGAUACAGGUGGCAGGAAGGGUGGAUUAUCAAUGCCCAAGCGGUGAUCCACAGGAUCCGGUCACCUUCACCACGCGGGAAUCAUACUUGCUCCUCCCACCGUGGGAUGUCUCCAAGCAGGGCAUGCUGUCGUUCAAGUUUCGCACAAACGAACCGAACGGGUUGAUAAUUUUGAACACCGUGAUACGACAGCCAAGGGUAAGAUAAAAAUCUCAGAACCCGGACUUCUUCGCAGUUGAACUGCUCAAUGGACACAUCUACAUCCACAUGGAGUUAGGCUCGGGAGCGGUCAAGGUACGGGCCUCCCGAAGGCGGGUAGACGACGGCGUUUGGCACGAGCUGUCGUUAAGGCGAAACGGUCGAGACGGAAAAGUGGGAGUCGAUGGCCAGUGGAAUGACUUCCGAACGCCGGGCGAUUCGACGCAACUAGAGCUGGACAGUCCCAUGUACGUGGGCGGCAUUGGGCCUCCGUAUGCGGAUGUGGUCAUUCCUCCAGCGAUUUGGACGGCUACUCUGCGGCAGGGCUUCGUGGGAUGUUUAAGGGAUCUAGUGCUGUCAGGGAAACCGGUCGAUAUAGCAGCGUAUGCUAGACAGCAGGAUUCAGGAGCCAUCAAACCGUCCUGCCACAUAGUUCCGACUCAAUGCGGAGGGUCUGUAUCCCCCUGCCAAAACGGGGGCCAAUGUACGGAAGGUUGGAACCGACCGCUUUGCGACUGUUCCGCAACACUUUUCACCGGUCCCACGUGCGGUCGUGAAUCAGCAACACUGGCCUUCAACGGAUCGCAGCACAUGGCCAUCUGGAUUGGUGGCACCCAGGGAACCCGAACACAAACCGAAGAAUUGGUUAUCCGGUUCAAAACGUCUCGCCCGGCUGGUCUCCUACUGCUCACCAGCGCCGAGACAAGUUCAUCUGACCGGCUUGAAAUCGGGCUGGUGGCUGGCCGCGUCCGGGCAAACGUCAAAUUAGGCGAACGCGAGAAGAAUCUGCUGGCUGGCCAGGGAGUUCUUAAUGACAAUAACUGGCACACGGUGAGAUUCUCCCGGCGAGCGUCCAAUCUACGACUGCAAGUUGACGGGGCACCUCCCGUCAGGGCGGAAGCAAUCCUCGGCCGGCACAGCACACUGGAGGUGAAGUCGCUGCAUUUGGGCGGAUUGUUCCACGCCGAGGAGGAGAUCCAGAUGACGGCCGCCAUGCCUAACUUCGUCGGGCAGCUGCAAGGUUUCGUCUACAACGGACACCGCUACAUCGAUCUUGUCAAGACGCUUGGUCCGGAACUUUCCGCGCUACCAACAACAACCUUCAAGCUGACGGCACGCUUCAUCAACUCUCCACCGGGGUCGCCAUACCUGCCAGCCACUUUCCGAUCGAAGCACUCGUACGUUGGUUUGCCAAUGUUGAAGGCGUACUCGUCCGUGUUCAUCGAUUUCCGGUUCAAAACACUGGAACCAAAUGGUCUGCUGUUUUACAACGGUGGCAAACGAAGCGACUUCGUAGCCGUGGAACUGGUCAACGGUCACAUCCAUUACGUAUUCGAUCUGGGUGACGGACCAAUCACAAUUCGGGACAAAGCCAGGAUUCACAUGAACGACAAUCGGUGGCACUCGGUCAGUAUUCGACGACCGGGACCCAAAACGCAUACCUUGGCGGUGGAUGAAUCGAUCGAAAUCUACACUGCCAGCGGAAACAAUAUGCAUCUGGAGUUGGAAGGAAUCCUAUACGUAGGCGGUGUUUUUAAGGACAUGUACUCGCGAUUGCCGUCGAGCAUAGCUUCCCGAAAUGGUUUCGAGGGUUGCAUGGCCUCCGUGGACUUGGCCGAUACGACGCCAAGUCUGACAGAGGACGCAGUGGUGCCGAGUUCACUGGUCGUGACAGGCUGCGAAGGCCCCACCAAAUGUAGUCAGAAUGCUUGCGCCAACCGAGGGAUCUGCGUCCAGCAGUGGAAUGCGUACGCUUGCGAGUGCGACAUGACUUCGUUUACAGGACCGACCUGCUACGACGAAUCCAUAUCGUAUGAAUUCGGCACCAACAAAGGGCUGAUUCAAUACACUUUCCCACCUGGACGGCAACCUGACACGGAAGAGGACAAUGUCGCACUAGGUUUCGUAACAACUAAGUCGGACGCGGUGCUGCUACGAAUCGAAAGCUUGACGACGCAGGAUUACAUCGAAAUGGAGAUCGUCGAGGGCAAUGUGUUCAUCGUGUACAAUAUAGGAUCACACGAUCUUCCCCUAGGCGAGAUCGGUGUCAAAGUAAAUGACAAUAAUUACCAUAUCGUGCGCUUCACCCGAUCCGGAGCCAACGCUACGCUCCAGAUCGACGACUACAAUGUUCAGACGUUAUUUCCUACUGGUCACCAAUCGACCAGCUUCACGUCAAUGUCGAACGUCCAGGUCGGCGGUAAGAUCUCCCGCAACGGACGCUCCCGUAUCGAGCGGCCGUUCAGCGGAGUGAUCGCCGGCCUCUCGGUAAACCGGCUACGAGUACUGGACCUGGCGGCAGAACGAGACCCCCACAUCAACAUGCGGGGCGAUGUACAAUUGGUAACUGGCGUUUUAGAUAGAAAUGACCAAAGAAUGCAGCAGACUCCGGCUAGUGGCUACCCCGGCGUCAUCGACGAUCUGAUCUUCAGCGGGGCCGGAUCCGGUUGCCGCGGAGAUGACGAGGACGAGUGCACGCCACCGUUCGAGACCGGCAGCGGAGACGACAUCAUCACACCGGUUUACGUUCCACCGACGAAGCAAACGACGGCGGCAGCGGGCGCCACUGGAGGCGGAAGCGGAGCCGGCAAAGGUAACCGAAGGAAAGACGAAGGUAAACUGUGCGAUGACGAGGACUGUAUACAUGGAUCCGGAUCCGGUGAAGUGACGGAGGUGUUCACCGCUUCGACUGCUAAGAGUUCAGAAACGAGUCCGGAAGUUACGUACACCACAGUUGACUUCGACAAGAAAACCGAUGGUACAACUACGCUGACGACUCAAGGUCGGUCAGAAACGUACGCCCCAAGCGAAACGACACGGGAGAUGGAUAUGACGAGUAGUGGAACGACAAAUUACGGCACCAGUUCAGGAACCAGUGGAAGUAGCUACGGAACAACAGUAUCGAUUGGUACGACGGGUACAACGAGUGGCACGUCUAGUGGAACGAGUAGUCGAACGACGUACACUACGGGUACGACGUCGGGUUCAAGCACAUAUGGAUCGACAACGCAGCAGCAGACCCCGUCGGAAACUACUAUAAGCUAUCGAGACCGCGAUCGAGAUCAUAUCCGAGAAACGACGCAACCUCAGGCGCCCACAACAACAGAAGAUGACGAGGUCAUAGAAGAUAGAGGACCCGAUGAUGAAGAUGGUACAGAAAUGCAGCCACCCAACAAAGGUCAACGAAAGCCUCCGCCAGUGAAAGUGUCGGAGCCACCGAAUCCGGAACCAGAGCCACCUUAUAAUGCCCAUCCACCGGCAUUCCCACCAACAAGGGUUCCGAAGCAUAAAGGUGGUCGAAUCAAUUCAGAAGCCGAAGAGCGAACUGCCAUGAUUAUUGGUAUCGUAGCGGGAGCGUUGAUCGCCGUCAUAUUGGUUAUUCUGUUAGUGCUGUGGAUCAAAUCUAAUGGAGAUCGCUCUUACAAGACAGAGCACGAUAAGAGCGGUCUUUACGGCACAGGUCCAAGUGCAGCGUUGUUGGGCGGAUCGCACACCAAUACACACAAUGCUCACUACAAUACGCAUCAACAACAGCCGCACCAUCAGCAACCUCCACAUUACAAUGGCAGUAGUGGCGGAGGAGGAGGAGGUGGCGGAGGUGGCGGUGGAAUGGGACAUCAUGGUAACGGCGGUAACGUGCCAUUGAAUGGGUCUUUACGGCACCAUCACAACGGCGGAAACGGCAUGGGAGGAAGCGGGGCCAUGGGAAUGGGCAGCGGUGGCAGUGCUGCCAGUAUGGGAUACAACGGUAGUGAUCGAGGCAGUAUGCAAUCGGGAGGAAUGGGUCCACCGCAGAAACCGAAGAAUCGCAACUCCAAGGACAUCAAAGAGUGGUAUGUUUAA